CCUCCUCUACCCCUCAUUACUGCUGCCUCACCAACAAAGGAGAGAGGUUGAGUGGAGGCAGAGAUUAAAGAAAAAAAAAUCAACCAGAGAAGCAGAGAGUGGAGAUGAACGGUGGAGUGGAGGAGGUGAGCGUGGAGGAGGGGAAGUGCGGCGAUGGCGGCGCGGUUCGUGACGGCGAGAUGGGGACGGCGACGGAGGCGGAGGCGGCGGCGGCGGUGAGCCUGGAGGCGCUGCGGAAGCGGAUGGCGGACUUCGCCAGGGAGAGGGACUGGGAGCAGUUCCACUCCCCUAGGAACCUGCUCCUCGCCCUGGUUGGGGAGGUGGGGGAGCUAUCUGAGAUAUUCCAAUGGAAAGGGGAGGUGCCCAAGGGGCUGCCAGGCUGGGACGAGGCUGAGAAGGUGCACUUGGGCGAGGAGCUCGCCGACGUGCUCCUCUACCUGGUCCGGCUGUCGGACAUGUGCGGUGUCGACCUUGGCAAGGCUGCCCUGCGCAAGAUGGAGAUCAAUGCAUGCAAGUACCCAGUUGGCCAGUGCAAGGGCUCAUCCAAGAAGCACACCCACUAUGGCUCCACUAACAGCGUUAGCGCCAACGAUAAUGUUAACACCAUGAACAAGGAGCAUAACAAUGGGGUCUAAAAAGACGCCAAAGCUCCUUGAAAUGGUUGUUCGGCUGGUCUUGUGUUGCAUAACCUAGGUUAAAUGCUGAUGAAAUAGGGAUCCUCUAUUUUGGUGGUAAAGGAACAAGUAUGUAAGUUCAUGUUCCCCUAUAUAUUGAUGCCGAAAGUACCAAGUGUUAAACCAUAAAGCUCUGUAGGCUACAUGUGUAAUUGGACUGGCAUUUAGCUUGUGCUGUUUCAGUUGUCCAGCUGCAUAUGAUGCAAAAACAAAUCUAGCUGCUAUCGACACUGCUUUGUGA